AUGCGCCUUUCCAACAGCACUCUCCUGGCAGCCACCCUCAUUUCCUCCGCCAUCGCCGCUCCACCAGCCCGACGCGACCUUCCCGGCCUUCUCAGUCCCCGUGGCCCCACCCUACCAGCCAAGCCUCCCACCGUGGUCAUAGCCCCGGGCGCCUGGCACCAGCCCAUCGUGUACGAAAGCCUGCGCACCGAGCUGGCCCUGCUUGCGUACCCUUCCACCUCGGUCUCGCUCGCAAGCGUCGGCACCAAGGAUCCCAAUGUCGGCAUGCUCGACGACGCGGCCCGCAUCCGCGCUGAGCUCACCCGCCAGGCCGACCUGGGCAACAACGUCGUCCUGGUCGCGCAUUCGUACGCUGGAGUUCCAGCUUCCGUUGCGGUCGCCGGGUUGAGCGUCAAGGACCGUGCGGCAGCCGGCAAGAAGGGCGGCGUCGUGGGCGUGCUGUACCUCUGCGCGUUUGUGCUGCCCGCACAGGUUAGCCUGUCUGAUGCACUGGGAGGGCAGUUUCCCGCCUGGUUCAAUGUCACUGGCCAAUUCAUGAACCCUAUCGACCCCGCCCACGUCUUUUACAACGAUCUCACCAACCAGGGGACCGUCGCUUGGGCCGUGUCACAGCUGCGCUCCGAGACUGUCAAGAUUGUGACGGAGAAGAACACCUUCCAGCCGUGGAGCAACGGCAUCCCUGUCGGUUACGUGUACACGACUCAGGACAACGCCGUGCCCCCGUCCCUGCAGCAGAGCAUGACGGCCGGCUUCCCCGCGGACGCUUUCAAGGCCACCAUGACCACCGGCCACGCGCCCUUCCUGAGCCAGCCCAAGGCGCUGGCUGCAAACGUCAAGGCUGCAGCGGUCAAGUUUGCUGCCAGCAAGUAA